CAAUAUAAUAACCAGAGGUUGCUGGAUCUGAAUCUGAUGCUCUUUGCUCAGCAGGUCGGGUCAGUCAGGCUGCAUCUCUGUAGAGAAACACAUGUUUGACUUAAAACGUUCAUUUCCUCGUUCCACAAAUAAGACUGAGUACUUGCUGAGUAUUCCUGGCAUCUUCAGUUUUAAUUUUAGAUUCCCGGAAUCGGGAAAUGGCGACUGGACCAAAACCUGGUGCAAUGUCACCGGAACCCGGUCUAUUGGACGCCUGGUGGCUGACGGAGCCGGAGACAGCUUCACAUAAGAAGACAUACACACGUUUCACAGUUCUGGAAUAACUCAGCGGGGCAGGCAGUAUCACUGGAGAAAAAAAGGGCAUCAAAAUGUUGGGUGUUGUUGUAGUUGGAAUUGGGAUCGCUGGCAGAGUUCGGAUCCGUGACCUCCUGAACCCAAUGCCUAACACUCCCUCAGAAAAUCUGAAACUCAUUGGCUUUGUCUCCAGGCGGACAUUGGGCAAGAUAGAGCACGUGGAUCAGAUCACCUUGGAUGAAGCCCUGCUCAGUGAUCAAGUACAGGCUGCCAUCAUCUGUCUGGAGAAUUCGUUCCAUGAAGAAUACACCAGGAAAUUUCUGAAUGCGGGAAAGCAUGUCUGUGUGGAAUACCCAAUGGCACUCUCAGUGGCUGCUGCCGGUGAACUGUGGGAUCUUGCUGAUGCCAAAGGAAAGAUUCUACAUGUGGAGCACAUAGAACUACUAACAGCAGAGUACAAUCUGUUAAAACAAAAAGUGAGCGGAAAAGAGCUGAUGGAGGGUACUCUACAUUUCACAGGUGGACCUUUGGAUAGGCAACGCAACGGAUUCCCUGCCUUCAGUGGUAUAGCCCGUCUGACUUGGCUCAUAGAUUUGUUUGGCGAACUCACAUUCAAAUCUGCUACACUCAGUGAGGAUCUAAAGCAACAAUACUGGAAGAUGACAGCACACUUACACACAAAAGAUAACAGAGCCUUAACCUGGAUUGAAGAAAGAGGACCAGGAUUAAGACGUGGAAAGCAGAUCAAUUUCCAAUUUAAAUCGGACAUUUUGGAUCGUCUCCCAGAAGUGCCCAAUAACCAUAGUGGACUAUUCAUGAAAGACCUCAAUUUGUUUGUCCAGAAGCUAGUAGGGCAACAUCUCACUGACACUCCUGAAAGGAAACGCAUCCUGCACUGCCUGGGCCUGGCAGAUGAGAUGAAGGCUUUCUGUGAGCAGUCUCCAUCAAAUUGUCAUGAUUAUUAAACUUUUACUUUUGCACGUAUAAUUGGCUAUGUUAGAUUGUUGGAAUUUGGUGUGAGGAUUAAUAUGUGUGCCUGUUUUAAAAAACAUUUCAGAUGAAUAUAAUUUCAUUAGACCUCUUCAGAGCUUAUGUUAAAACCAGAAAGUGAUAUAUUUCGUAAUUAUACAAAGUAGUUACCAGCAGUUGGAUAAAUACUGAUUUCAUUGAAUCUUUUGUUUUGUUCUUUUCUGAUGGUGUUUGUUAAAACAUCACAUGGCUAGAAAUACUAUGAUUUAUUUUGGACAUAACCUUUAUCUGAAGCAAUAACUGGAGCAGUGGUUAGUAGUCAUUAGUCUUUUGCUGUUAAUUUUUUCCUGCUUGCUUACUAAAACUUGAUACGUGUGAUAUCUGAGCCUUUAAUAUUACUUGUUUCCAUAGCAAUGCAGAAUUAUAAGACAGCCAUUGUCUCUUCUCUUCUUUAGCAAUGUUAUAUGUAUGCAUGGAGAUAAUUAAUGAAAAGAUUACUUCGUAAAUAUUUGUUAGAUCCAUACAUUCUCAUUAUAGUAAGGUUAAGAAUACACAUUAAUUCUGAUUCCAACCACAAUAAUUUCAGUUAUGUUUAGGUAAAAUUGUAGCACACUCCACAACUUAAUUUGUGAUCUCCACAAGAUUGAUUAAAGUAGUCCCCGUGUGGUAACGUAUUUGAUUAUUGUGCAAAACACAAUAUGCUGGAGUAACUCACGAGUUAGGCAGCAUCUUAGAAGGUGGAUGAGUGGGCUGAUUGGCAGAUAGAUGGGGUACGUGACAAAGGCUAGUUGCACAGGAGACAAAGGGUGUCAGAUAAGGAGAGAAGAGAAGUUAAAUGUAAAACCAGAGGGUUAUAUGUGGAAGAGACCAGGGGCGAGGUGAAAGAGGGUGGUAGAGUGAGAGAAAUAGGUGCACGCUGGGACGGUGUGGGUAAGAGCACAGGAAAGAGAGAGGAGGAAUUUCUCCCACUCCCCCACCCCCCCCCCCCCCCCCCAACAUCACCCCUCCAUCUAUAUGCUUUGGCUUUACAUUUAGUUCAGCGCAUUCUUAACUUUUACUUAAGCAAUAAAUAAGUGAAGCAAGGCCUGGCAUGUCUUCCUCCUUUUCCUUUGUCAUGUAAUUUUCAAAAUUAAUCAAAUUCCAUGUGAUGUGUCUUUAAAUAAUGAUGCUGAAAUUGAGCUAUCGAUAUUACAGAUCCACUACUGAUUUUCUGGCACUCUGGAAUCGAACGGUACCGGAAUGGUACCAGAACGGUCCGCCUUUGGGGGAGGGGGGGGGAUUUCAAGUGCGCUCCCGUAAUUAUGUCCGGAUUAUAGGAGGUGCCAGACCUCCAGUUACCGGAAAAUUGAUGGUUGACCUGUAUCAUUAUGCCUGUACACCCUAAUGGCCCUGUCUCACGGUGCGAGUUGACCCACGAGUGUCCCAGAGUGAAAGACUCGUGGUUGUGUAUGAGAUUCCAAGUUUAUGAUCAAGAGUUUAACCGAGUUCCCACAGGUAUGACUAAGUUUGCCGUUUACUUGUCAUUUCUGCGAUGUUCCAAGUUCCUCUCCCGAGUUACUCUUGAGCCAACAACGUCUACCGACUUGUUGAAGAAUCAUCACAUGGUAAAAAUGACUUUGUUUUAUUUAACUUUAACUGUGGAUUUAUUUUUUCAUUUUAGUAAGUAAUUUCAUUGCAUCUGCCUUUUUAGUAAAAAGUGGCUAUCAUGCAUCUGCUAAUCUGAUGGUAGAUGUCAAAACUUGCCAUUGAGUGCUUUGCAUUGUCUCUUUUAUUGCCUGAAUAUUUAGGCUUGUGCUCCAUUUCUCAGCUGAAUGAGAGUAUAUACUGGAAAUACUUAUUUGUGCUUCAUUUGUUGAUUUGCAUGCUUGAGAAGCCCUUUUUCAGACCACUGUUGUUUGCUGUGGUGCUCCUUUACUCAAUAUGUGCAAAAAAGCGUUUUUUAUAUUGAACAAGAUGAAUAAAGACUUUGUUUCACA